UGUUUCCGGUUAUUAUGUAAUGAGAAUAAGCAUGCAAAGGGCAUGAUAUGAUGUCUAACCUUACCAAGGCGUAACAAAACCCAUAUUACAUUCUCACUAUAAGAGCACACGGCAUAGUGCAUACACCCCAUCACCACACUUUGUUCAUUCAUUGCAUUCCGUACCUACAUUUGAAUAUGAUCGAAGGUUUAAUUGUAAGUCUGGUUCUUAUCCUUCACUCCUCCGCCUCACAUAGCCUACCUUCAGCUGACAAUACUUCAAGCCCCACCAACAACACAUCUUAUUCAUCUGCAUGGAAUCCAUAUGAAUUCCCACCACCACCCCCUCCAAUCUACAAUUCUCCUUGGCUCCCGCCAGAGGAUUUCUAUGACAAUUUUGACCCAAGGAUUGCUGAUAUUGUUAGAAACAGAGUACAGGACAUACUAACUCAGUGGAGGAACAUCAAUCUUCCACCACUGUACCAUUGCCGCUAUACCUGUGAACAAUACAUACCCCCAUGGCCAGCGGCAGCACAUGAGAACCCAACACCACCACAGGCACACGAGAACCCAACACCACAUGAUGUGCAAGAGAAUUCAACCCUAACUCCAACACCACAUGACGUGAAAGAGGACCCAACCCUAACUCCGCCUGUGCACGAGAAUCCAACCAUACCACCACCACCUCCGAGUAAAAGUGCAGACAACUGCCCUACAGUGGAGAAAGUGUUGGAAACAUGCACAAGCAAGAGCCAGCAUGAAUCAGUAGAACAUGUAUAUUCAUGGACUUGUACAUACAGUGAUGAGUGUUGCAAAGAAACUCUCAAUGUGCAAGAUGAGUGUUUGAAUAUCAAUCCAAAUAUCAGUUGGCUUAAAUCUGUCUGUUGCGACAGUAGUGAAAUUCCAGCAGGAGGCAAAGCCGAUGCAUGAUUGGAUUCAUAUCAUUUCAUAUAUUAAGAACUUGUUUCCCUACCAUGUUCAUAUGCUCUUAGCUCAGUUUCAUUAGUUCAGUUCAUACUAUCUACUGCAUCUGCAAAAGUGACAGGGCCAACAGCCUGGGCAAGGAGCGCCCUUUAUCAUUCAAUGAAAUGUCUAAUUAUAAUCA